CAACUUGAGGAGGCGAAUUGAAACUUCCCAAAAUUAACUAUUUAACAUCAUAAAUCGAAGUUUGAGCGACCAAAAGGUAUAAAUUAUCAUAAUUUAUGCCAAUCGAGAGCGGUGCAAAAUGCGUCUUCACUACUCGUAUCUACAGUUGCCAAGAAACAAACAUGCCCCAAUCCCAUCACGCACCCUCGCAGAGCAGCUGAUUUGGUUGCUAAGUCACUGCUCCAAUCUCAAACACAUACAACAAACACAUGGUUUUAUGGUUUCUACAGGCCUCCAUCAUGAUAACCUCCUCCUUAGCCGAUUCAUAAAUGCCUGCUCUUCUCUAGGCCUCUCUCUCUACUCCUAUUCAGUCUUUACCCACAAAACACGACCACCUGAUAUCUAUCUUUACAACACUAUGAUCAGGUCUCUCUCUUUCUCUCAAACACAAUCUCAAGCGGCCAUCUUUCUUUUCAACAACAUACAAGUGGCCGGAUUGCGACCCGAUUCUUACUCAUUCCCUUUUGCACUAAAGGCUGUUGCUAAAUUGUUAGCAAUCAGAACAGGGAGGCAAAUUCAUUGUCAAACUAUUGGAGUUGGCCUGGACUCUGACCUUCACGUUGUCACGGCUCUCAUUCAGAUGUAUUCUUCUUGUUCUAGUGAGUGCAUUUCUGAUGCUCGCAAGUUGUUUGAUGGGGCGUGCGGCAGAGUAAGAUAUGUGGUUUUGUGGAAUGCUAUGGUUGCUGGUUACACUAAGAUUGGUGACAUGGAAAAUGCUCAACGUCUGUUUGAUUUUAUGCCUGAAAGAAAUGUGAUUUCUUGGACGGCUGUGAUUUCUGGGUAUGCUCAGAUUAAUAGGCCCCACCAAGCAAUUGGCAUCUUUCGGAGAAUGCAGAUUGAAAAAGUGGAGCCCGAUGAAAUCACAAUGCUGGCUGCACUUUCAGCCUGUGCUCAUUUGGGUGCAUUAGAAUUAGGGGAGUGGAUUCAUAACUACAUUGACGAGCAUGGAUUGAAUAGAAUUACUUCUCUUAAUAAUGCACUCAUAGACAUGUAUGCCAAGUCAGGGAAUAUCAAAAGGGCAUUACAAAUAUUUGAGAAUAUGAAGCAUAAAAAUAUCAUAACAUGGACAACUAUGAUUGCUGGACUAGCUCUGCAUGGACUUGGAAGAGAAGCUCUUGAAAUGUUCUCUUGCAUGGAACGUGAUGGAAUUAUGCCUAAUGACGUUACUUUCCUUGCUGUCCUUUCUGCUUGCAGCCAUGCUGGAUUGGUUCAAAUUGGGCGUUCAUAUUUUAGCAAUAUGGAAUCGAGAUAUGGGAUUCAACCUAAGAUUGAGCACUAUGGCUGCAUGAUAGAUUUACUUGGGCGUGCUGGUUGCCUUCAAGAGGCCCAACAACUUGUUCGACAGAUGCCAUUUGAGCCAAAUGCAGCAAUAUGGGGAUCUCUGCUUGCUGCUGCUAAUACUCAUGGUGAUGCCUUGCUUGGAGGGAGCGCAUUGGAGCAUCUAAUAAAGUUGGAGCCCAAUAACAGUGGAAAUUAUGUACUUCUAUGUAAUCUAUAUGCCUCUUUCGGUUGGUUGGAAGCAGCUAGGACAGUAAGGAUUGUGAUGAGAGACGAAGGUGUUAAGAAGAUGCCAGGAGGAAGUUUCAUUGAGGUGAAUAGUAGAGUUAAUGAGUUUAUUGCAGGAGACGCAUCACAUCCUCAGUUUAAUGAGAUACGUGAAGUUCUAUGGAAUAUAAAUAGGCAGUUGAGACUUGCUCAUCAUUUCGAAGAGAGUGUGAUGGGGCUGCUUGAAUAUUGUGAGGGGUGGGAUGAAAUUCUACAUAGCCAUGAGUAACUCAAUGUCGCAAUCACCUAAGAUGCUGCAUUACCUUGAAUUUUGCCUGUUGAGCAGCUGAGGACUUAACUCACGGUUAGAUGUUUCUUUCUAUUCGACUUGGAUAAGUUCACCAGUUUCAUCAAAUGGUUCAGGGUUUAAUUUAUUACUCAGGUAUCUGGGAACGGAUUUCACUCAUAAAGUCUACUCCUUGACUUGAUAUCAUUCUGAUGAAUGAAGCAUCAGAGCUUCAUAAUGUUUUUGCCAUCUAACUGAUGAGAGCACCGUCUCUCCCAUCCAAUCCUGCUAUACAGCUAGCUCUGGAAAUACUACGCUCUGAUUUGUGAUCUGGAUGAUCCUUCACAGGAAAAGUCACUGACUCAGCAUGAUGAGACGAUGGCCUUCUCCUUUUUCCAGAGACCGGGACUUUCCGUUCUGAAGUUUGGAAAUUUGUCCCUGAUUUUUUUUGGCUGCAAAUGAUUUGCCAUUGCUACUUCCUUCUGCUCUCUUACCUCCUGAUUUCAAAAUUUCACCUCAUUGUGCCUGUCUGCCCAUAUGCAAAAAUGCAAGCGUUGUAACCGUCAAGGACGGAUUUGAUGACUGGUUCAACUUCCGAAAAAACUUCAUCUGCAAAUAUAUUUGUGGUCUUAUUCGACAAAACACGCGAAUGUUUCCUGCAACGAGCAAAUAUGACGAGCAUCUGCCUCAAAUCCAAGAUGAAAUUGAAUAUCAAAUCCGAAACCUUGCAGUUGAGACAGCAACUCCAAUUUCAAUGUUAAAAAGGAAACAUGUAUAACUGACCUUUCAAGUCCAGAAAAGCAUUCAGCAGCUGCCUUCUCUGUGUGCUCAAUUGGUUUAUUUGGCUAGUUAAGGCAGCAACCUCAUCUGGGAAUUUUCAUUUUUGGUGUGCAAACCACGCUAUUACAGCCAAAGAAUGGACCACAGAGAGUACUGUUCCAACCUACGAUAAUGACACAAACAACAAGAAAUGGUUAAAGAAUUAUUAGAAUCUGAUGGUAGUAUUAAGUACGUACCAUGAAUAUUUGGGGAAUGAUCAUGUUUCUCUGCAUUAACCCAACACCUCAAACCAUUCAUUGGUUACCAAAAUUAUUUAUUAUUUAGAAAAAAUCACAAUGUGAACUUCUCCGAGGACUUUCGGAUUCUGUAAUUAUAUUUUUGGUAAUUGCAUAUACUGUGCAUGUGAACUUCUUUGAGGCAA